AUGGACCCUGACGCAUUCACGUCCACCCUGUUCAAGUGGGAUCCGCGCACCAUCCUCCCAACUUGUUCUUCCUCACUGAUGGAGGGGACCGGGGGGCUGGAGGAGCUGUUCCAUGCGUACGGGGUGAGGUACUACACGGCGGCGAAGGUGGCAGAGCUAGGGUUCACGGCGAGGACGCUGGUGGACAUGAAAGAGGAGGAGCUGGAGCACAUGAUGAACAGCCUUUCCCAGAUCUUCCGUUGGGAUCUGCUGGUUGGCGAGCGCUAUGGCAUCAAAGCUGCCGUCCGAGCUGAGCGUAGACGCAUCCAAGACCAUCAUCAACUUCGAAUUGAUUCUCUCUCUCAAGAAGGUCUUGAGGAGGCAGGGGUGCAACAACAUAAAGAGGCGGUGGGGAGCACGUGGGACGUCAGGAAGAGGAUGAGAAGCAGAAGCAAGAUGAUGAGUGAUGAGGAGGAAGAAGAAGAGGAGGAGGAGGAGAGACAGAGAGAGCACCCUUUCAUAGUGACAGAGCCUGGGGAAGUGGCACGUGGCAAGAAGAACGGCCUGGAUUACCUAUUCCAUCUGUACGAGCAAUGCCGUGAUUUCUUGAUCCAGGUCCAGCACAUUGCCAAGGAACACGGUCAAAAAUGCCCUACCAAGGUGACAAACGAAGUGUUUAGGUUCGCCAAGAAGGCAGGAGCUCACUGCAUAAACAAGCCAAAGAUGAGACACUACGUUCACUGUUACGCACUUCACUGCCUCGACAAAGACACCUCCAAUAAGCUCAGAAGGCAGUUCAAGGAGACAGGCCAGAACGUUGGGGCAUGGAGGCAGGCCUGCUACAACCCUCUCGUUGCCAUUGCUGCCCUCCACCACCACGACAUUGAUGCCAUCUUUAACUCUCAUCCUCGCCUUUCCAUCUGGUACGUUCCCACGAAGCUUCGCCAGCUUUGUCACGCCCACAGGAACAAUUCAGCUUCCACUUCCACUUCUACCUCCACCCAUCAUCAUCUUCUCUUCUAG